UCAGUAGUUUCUACUACUUCAAGAAUUAUUUAAUACCGAUUUAUUAACCAUUCGUUAUGAUAGCUUAAAAACUUUUUAUAUUAUCUCAACGUAAUACGAUUUUUUAUAGAGUAUUUUCUUACAGUCUAUUACCAACAAAGUAAUCUUCUUAAAUUCAACCAUUUGUACAAUUAUAUCCAGCAUAGAACGGAGCAAAAGAAUAAAAAUACUGCGUUGUAACCACGUAAACUCAUCGCUUUUUUAUGAUCGUGCACAUCGCUAAAGAACUCGCUCACAUCACAGGCAGUAGGAAAAAAGCUAAGACUGCGUGGAAGUACAGGAGGCAGUACGUGAAAAAUGUCGGAGCGAUGAAACUGAAACAAUUUAAACCAGAAAUUUAAAUCAAGAAAAAAGUCCUAUUUAUGAAUGAGGAAUCAGAAAUGUCUGGGCAAAAUGACACCAGAACAUCUACUCCAGAGCGAAGGAUACUUGGUGAAUUGGGAAAUAAUCCUGAUUCACCAACAGCUAACUUGCGAUUACUUACCACUCUUGCAUCUAUGCAAAUGAAAACUGACACUAAAAGUCCAUGUCCAGGAUGUUCAAGUUCUACUUUAGUAGCACCAGUACAAUCCACACAAGAAUCUAGCAAUAAGCUUCUUCCACGAAAGGAGAAAUCACUUAGUCUUCUGUGCAAUAAAUUCUUGAAUUUAUAUCCAUUGGAUAUUCAAGACAAUGAACCUAGAGAAAUUUCUCUCAAUGCAACUGCUGAGGAUCUAGGUACUGAAAAAAGAAGAAUAUAUGACAUUAUUAAUGUCUUAGAAAGUUUAGAAAUGGCUUCAAAAGCUGGAAAGAAUCAAUAUUUAUGGCAUGGACAUUCACGCUUGCCAUUAACUCUUGCUAAGUUGAAAAUGAUAGCAAUUGAGCUUGGAUUGGAAAAGCAAAUUCAUGAGAUACAGAAUGUUAACAGAGCUUAUGUUGAAGAUCAUUGUCAAAUGUGUAGCAAAAUCUCAGCAUCACUAAUGGUUCCUCAGAGUCCUGUUGUCAAUUAUAAAUUCCCUGACAAUUCAACAAAGGAUGAUAAAAGCUUAGGAGUUAUGUGCAAGAAAUUUGUAAUGCUUUUCCUUGUAUCUAAAAAAAAUGGAGUCAUAAAUUUAGACAUAGCUGCUAAGGUUCUGAUAAAUGAACAUGAUGAUUCUACAGAUUCAAAGAAUAGUGCAGCACAGUCAAGAUUUAAAACAAAAGUUAGAAGGCUCUAUGACAUUGCCAAUGUGUUGUCAGCUAUCGGUUUAAUUGAAAAAGUUGACAUAUACAACUGUGUCAUUAGGAAACCUAUUUUUAGAUAUACUGGACCUAGUGUGAACUGUCUUAAUUUAGACAUGGAAACUCCAACUAUAGAGAAUAAUGGCCAGUCAUUAGUAGGAAUGGCCACUCCUAAUAAAAAAGCUUCUGACACCUUCCGUUUUCGGGCUUUAAAUAGAAUUUCUAAAUUGUAUUCAAGUACUCCACUGGGAAACAAACGCGAAGCAAGGAAGAGAAAGCUAUUUGACUCGAACAACACAAAAUUUGAACGAACACAAAGCUCGCCAUGCCUGAAUUCUCCGAAAUGUCGUUCAGUAGAUCGCAUGGAACCGAUUUUACAAGCAGUCAAUAUGGAAUUAAAGCGGAUAAAAUGUAGCGAGAACAAACCGAAGGUUUGUACAAAACUUUUUCCAAGACAUAAUUCAGACUCCUGCAUUUCACCUCUGCAAAUAGACAUAAGUUCAUCGAGUACGGAAACUUCAGAUGUAGCAUCGAAUUCAACUGACCAUUCAUAUUCUUCGACAAAUUUGUCAAUGACCCCUCCAAUAGUUAGUAAGGAAAAUCUAGUCAACAAUACGAGUAAUACUGUUACGCCGGUUCGUACUUUACGAAUAAAUGUGCCGGUAGAGUUGAAAAUUGCGCCUAUCACUUUGCAACCGAGUACUACUCCUAAAUUUGUGAAACUUACAAAUUUUGACAUGAGAAAAUUAGUGCCGAUUUCCAAGGAAGACAUUAAGCUUAAAUUACCUCCAGGAGUUCAAACUCCAAGUACUUCUAAACCAAAUGUUGCGAUUUUCACGCAAAUCCCGACGAAGAAAAUUUCCGCGGGAGAUAUAUUCAAAGCUAUCAAAGUAGGCAAUACUUUUCAAUUGAUUCCAAUCAAAAAGAAAAACGAUGUUAUUCAAAAGCAAAAUCAGCAGUAAUAGUAACGAUAAACAAGUAUAAACAGCAAGCUUAAUAAGGUUGUGCCUUCAUUUCUGUAAAAUUUUUUUUGUCUGAUUAACGAAUUUUGUACAUAUACAGAUAUAUUUUAUAAAUCUAUUUAUUCGUUAAUGAAUGCCUACUUGGAAAAAUUUACUUUCAUUAUGCAAUGACUAAAAUGAAAUUUUGUGGCUACAAUAGUCAUAUUCUAUAAAACAUGUUACAAUUGCGAAAUAAAUUAUAUAUAUAUAUGUAUAUGAAUGUUAUAUGGCAGCAAAUUAGAAUUAAGUUUAAAAUAUGUAAGUCGCUUUUGUAUUACCAAAGCAUUUUUUUUUUGUUAAAUUUCUUGGCUUAGACUGAUGGAAUCAAGUGAAUUAUUUCAUACAUAUGGUAAAUAUAAGAAAAUUAUAUAUGAUGUUAUGUAAUAAUCAGAAUUGUCUAUAUUUUAUGCACUGAAAUAUUACGUACAUAUGGACUUGGUAGACACU